UUUGAACAGAAUAACAACAACACGGUGGGGGCUGUUUGUUUACAACUUGACUGCGUCCUGUAACUGCCUUCAUCUGUCACCGAUCCGUCUAAAGACGUUGUACCUCAAAACUAGGAGCGACAGGGCGUUGAAAACAUCAGCAGCACUGAGGACAUGUUUUGGUGGCAUAGGCAACAACGAGAUUUGGACCAUCAGAAUCAGGAUCAAAUGUGGGAUAGAGAGAGGGCAGAUACAGAGGUGAAACAAGAGAUGCCGGCUCUAUCCAAACCAUUGAAGAGUAUGUCACCGCGAAAAAGGGCCUCAAAGCCGUCCCCCCGCAGCUCUGGGAAAAGUGCCUCGUCUGAGUCGGGGAGCCCGUGGAAAAAAAGCUCGGUGUCCUGCCUUAAGGCUCUCUCCAGUGAAACCCAGAGUAGGACUGCAGAGCUGGCAGCCACUUCAAAGACUCCCCACAGCGGCAAGGCCCCCCUGGCAUCCAGAUGCAACAAAGUACGCCAUGUAAAGUUUUGCAGCAGGUCCGAGCAUGAGAAAGACGGGGGAUUAAAGGGAUCUACCCAUAGGGAAGCAAGCGAGCAAAGACAAAGCCGAGGCAUCCUGAAGAGCUGCAGCAAGAUGAAACACCUUUUCGGGAAAACAAACACUGAGAAGAUCACAGACUCUGAGAGACUCUCCGGUGCUGAGACUCUGGACGGCUUCCUGGGAGGCAACGCCACUCUCCUACAUGUUCCCACACUUGAUAAGCUGCCCAGUGAAUCUGAAUCUGAAUCCUCUUCUUCCUCGGAGGAUGAUGAAGAUGGUGACCUCACAUAUACAGGGACAUACUUUCCGUUGACAUUUUCUCAACCAAGCUCGGCAGCUGGUGCCUUCGGUUACAGCCGACAUAGCCCUGAGUCUUUCAACUCACUGUUAAGAACAUCAACCAAUUCACCUGGAUACAGUCUCAGUCCUCUCCCGGAGCAAACAGGGCGACCUCGUGUGCCACUCAUCCCCGACAGACUGGACAGACGCCUGGUGGAUCCCACCAAGCAGAUAUACCCUCUACCCAAACGUCACAAGAGCAGACAAACGUCACCCAAAGGAGGCUUCUGUCCGAGGCAGUCUACUGAGGAAUACCUGAGCUGCACCCCUUACACAUUGUGGUCUUCCAAGGAACCCUGGCGUCAGAGCGCCUCUGGACAGCCAGAUAGUCUGAACGUGGACGGAGUGUUUGGUGAUAUCAAACAGUUAAGACACGUUCAUGAAUCUCCAGCAGCCGAGGGAGGAGCUGCUGCUGCUGCCCAGAGCGCCCAGUGUCACCAAGAUAGCAGCAGACUGAUUGUAUGCAGACCCAAACCAAGGUUUAUAGAGGAGGAAGAGGAGGACCAGUGUCGGAUCUGCCACAGCAGCGAUAAUUCAAUAAGCAACCAGCUGAUAUCACCGUGCCUGUGUUCAGGGACAGUGAAGUUUGUUCACUUAGACUGCCUGAGGACGUGGAUCAGGACCAAAAUCCAUUCAGGGUCGUUGCCUCAAAAGAUCAAAAGAUGUGAACUCUGUCACGGGAUGUUGUUACUGGACCCGAGUCAACUGGACUUGGACAAAUAUUACAGAGAACAACGCCGAAAGGUGGAGAGGAUCCCUGAGGGGCGCAGGGUGAGGGAUCUCGGAAGAGGAGAAGAAGUGUUAAACUUCAGGACGUUGAUAUUGAGAGGUUUAGAUCCUCGGAUGUUGCCACAACCCUGCCCAGUCCCAAGGGUUCGGGUAUGGCCAUCUUUUCCCUUACUAAUAAGGAGGAGAUUAAGAAGUAUCCAUGAGGGGAGGAACCCCUCAACAGAGGCGUCUAGUGACAGUGACUGAGACAGUUGACACGCAGCAGGACUCUGCUUUCUUUUCUUUCUUUUUUUUAAACAUCUCGGCUGAUGUGAAACUAAAACAGGAGUAUUACAAUAAAACACUAUGCAUCUAAUCAAA